AUCCAACCCGCAGCUGCCAACAACCUGGGAAUUCGUGAAUUUUGCGUCUUCCCCACGACUGAUCUCAUUGACCAUUUCACACUUGCGUCUUGUCACUGGUACCUGUUUUGUCCACCACCCUGCGGCCACCUCACUCCACAACCAGCGCUCACAAGGCCAGCUUGUCCUUCAAGUUCACACCCUCCGCGACCACAUAACUUUCCAGCUGCGCUUAGUCUGCGCCCUGUUCGAGGCGUCUUCCCUUGCCUGAUCCCCGCCCUGGUUAGGCCUUGCAAAGCUCGACGUCGGCUCUCCGUGCGCAACUCGCAACCUCUCCUCUUACAGUACGUUGCUCGCGACAACCAUCGGUUAGGCUCUUUUGCGUAUCUGGAGCUAUCCUACCGUCGUUGCUGUGGUCAAGACACUCAUCCAAAAUGUCGGGCGAGGCGUGGUUAUACCUGCUCGCCGUCCUAAUAAAUGCCGUCAACCUCUUCCUGCAAGUCUUCUUCACCAUCAUGUACAGUGAUCUCGAGUGUGACUAUAUCAACCCCAUUGAUCUCUGCAACCGUCUCAACACCUACAUUGUUCCCGAAGCUGCUGUCCAUGCCUUCUUGACAUUCCUCUUCCUCAUCAACGGAUACUGGUUGGCACUACUGUUGAAUCUACCGCUUCUGGCAUUCAAUGCAAAAAAGAUCAUCGAGAACCAGCAUCUGCUUGAUGCCACCGAAAUCUUCCGAAAGUUGAACGUCCAUAAAAAGGAAUCAUUUAUCAAACUCGGCUUCCACCUGAUCAUGUUUUUCUUCUAUCUGUACAGCAUGAUCGUGGCUUUGAUCAGGGACGAGUCCAACUGACUACGCGGCGAAAUGUCACAUGCGAUGAAGCACGGCAGUUACUCCUGAUGACGAUCGCCUGCUGCUAUGCAGUCAGACUGCAGCAGCCGAGAUGGGGGGGGCUUUUAGUGGUGGGGAAGAGGAUGAUCAUGGAAAGUGGCGACGGCUGAGAACGAGCAAAAGGUCAGUGGCAAUGUCCAUCGCCUAAGGCUCUUCCGUCUGGGUCGUCGACAUUAGCCAAGGACUAAGUGGUCCCUCGGCGGUUCAGUUAAUGCACAAGAGGCGGUGCAAGCAGCGGUGGCAGUCAGGGGGCCGAAGAUGCUCACAUGGUCAAGAAUUGGAAGGACGGAAUUUCCCAAAACUAUGUGGUUGGUUUAUCUGUCUGCUACUCGACUUGUACGGCCGAGACAUGAGAUACGACGAGAAGGAAGAGUUCCGAUAUGUUUCAGCCGGUGGAAUGUGUGAUAGGGAGCUAUUUUCCAACGGCGUUGCAAGCAUGGUGGCACCAGUCCUGUUUUGCAGAAAUGAGAGAUAGCCAUCUUUUGUAGUGCUGAAAUCCUAACCACCGACUGGCUUCUCUGCGCACUGCAAGCUCUGAUGUUGUCCAAACUCUGCGGAAUGCCUUGGUAAAGCCACGAUUAAUC